ACACAUUAACUAUAUUAAAGACUGGUGGGGGAAAGAGUUUGAUAUAUGCGGUUGCAAGUAUACUAUUAUGGGGAUUAACUGUAAUAUUUACUUCUCAAAAAGCAUUGAUGGAUGAUCAAAUAGUUUAUAAUAGUCAAGGCCUUCAGUUUGUUAUAGAUGAAACACAUUGCAUAGUUUCUUAUGAAGGAUUUCG